CCUGUGGCCUCAAUAUAUGUUUGUGUGCGAAUUCCUCCACACCAUAGGCCCUAACUGAAAAAAAGAAAAAGAAAAAGAAAAAAAUGGCCAGAGAUCAUCUCCAUGUAGUUAUGCUGCCUUGGUCAGCCUUUGGCCAUCUUAUACCGUUUUUUCAGCUCUCCAUUGCCUUAGCUAAAUCUGGAAUUCACGUUUCCUUUGUAUCAACCCCAAGAAACAUCCAAAGACUCCCCAAACUUCCUCCAAGUUUAGCAACUUUCAUCAAGUUUGUGGAGUUCCCAUUACCCACACUAGACAAUAAUGAUAUCUUGCCUGAAGGCGCUGAGGCCAGUGUAGACGUUCCAGCUGACAAACUUGAGUACUUAAAGCUUGCAUAUGAUCGUCUCCAAUAUCCUAUCAACCAGUUCGUGGCUGAGCAAUUACCGGACUGGAUUAUAGCUGAUUUUUCCGCACAUUGGGCUGUUGAAAUUGCCCAAAAUUAUAAUGUCGGGUUUAUUUACUUCGCUGUCUUCUCUGCUGCUACAGUUGCUUUCUUUAGGAAGCCACCAAAUUAUUCUUUCGUUGAUGACGAAAAGGCUUGGCCAUCACUAGAGAGUUUGACAUCACCGCCAGAGGGGCUUAGUUUUCCAUCCUCUGUUGCAUUCCGUGGGUAUGAAGCAGUUUGGGCACAAGCGGGUGCAUGUACAGAUGCUUCGGGGAUAAGUGAUGCUGCGAGGUUUGCGAAGGUUUUCCGUGCAUGUAAAGCAUUGGCUAUUCGUAGUUGCAGGGAGUUUGAAGGUGAGUUCUUGAGUUUACAAGAGAAAUUGAUGGGAAAGCCGGUGAUUCCCAUAGGUUUACUUCCUCCAAAAAGACAUGAAGAGACCGAAGGGAAUGAUAGCUCAUGGAAAACGAUCUUUGAAUGGCUUGAUAAACAAGAACCCAAGUCAGUUUUGUUUGUAGGGUUUGGCAGUGAGUGUCAGCUGAGCAAAGAACAGCUUUAUGAGAUUGCUUAUGGACUACAGCUUUCUCAAGUGCCAUUUUUGUGGGCAAUGAGGAAACCUUUUUGGGCUAUUGAUGAUGAAGACUCUUUGCCAUCGGGUUUUAUUGACACCACGUCUGGCAAAGGCAUGGUGUGUAUGGGCUGGGCACCUCAGAAGGAAAUUCUAGCGCACCCAUCAAUUGGGGGAUCGUUGUUCCACUCAGGGUGGGGGUCUGCAAUUGAGAUGUUACAAUUUGGGCAUUGUCUCGUCGUGUUGCCAUUUAUCUUUGAUCAGCCUUUGAAUGCAAGGCUUUUGGUGGAUAAGGGUGUAGCUGUAGAAGUAGAGAGAGGAGAGGACGGAUCGUUUAGCAGGGAUGGCAUAGCCAAGGCUGUGAAGCUGGCCAUGGUGUUAGAAGAAGGAGAUAAAUUAAGAACUCGUGCAAGAGAGGCUGCUGCAAUAUUUGGAGACGAGAAUCUGCAUCAAGUAAACUACAUUGAUCACUUUGUUAAGUAUUUAAAACAUGGGGGCAGUAACAAAAUAUGAGUGAUUACUAAUUACCACACUCAUGACAAUGAGGAGGGUUUUUCUUGUUCAUUUGGAGAAGUACCAAUGAUAUUUGUGAUUGACAAACCAGUUUCCAUUCUCUAUCGUGGCUAGCUCUACUAUUUGUGAUUAAUGUAUUCAUUUCAAAUUUUCCAAUAAAAUGUUGUUGUACUAUUCCAAUA